AUGGCAAAAAUGAGUCUCUCUUCCUACAUAUUAAUACUAACUUUUUCUUUGCUUUCUCAAGGUGUUGUACUUUCAGCAUCCAAGUCCAUAAGAAACUUAGAAGAUGACAUGGUAUUUAAUACAUUUAGGCUGGGAAAGGCCUUUCAGAAGGAAGAUACUGCAGAAAAAUCAGUCGUUGUUCCUUCCCUGGAACAAUAUAAAAAUGAUGAGAGUGGUUUCAUGAACGAUGAGGAAAAUAAAAAUUCAAAGAAUGAAGGCUCCAAGCAUAAUUUCUUAAAUCACGGUCUGCCACUGAAUCUGGCUAUAAAACCUUAUCUUGCACUAAAAGGAUCUGUAGCUUUUCCAGCUGAAAAUGGAGUUCAGAAUACUGAAUCAACACAAGAAAAGAGAGAAAUUGGAGAUGAAGAAAACUCAGCUAAAUUUCCUAUAGGAAGGAGAGAUUUUGACAGUGAGUAG